AUGCCCCGGGCCGCCUCUCUGCUGCCUGCCCUGCUGUGUGUCCUGCUGCCCGGCCUGAGCUGUGGCUACUUUCCCGAGGAGCGGUGGAGCCCGGAGUCUGCGCUCCUCGCUCCUCGGGUGGUCAUCGCGCUGGUCUGCCGUAACUCUGCGCACUCUCUGCCGCUGUUCCUGGGCGCCAUAGAGCGACUCAACUACCCCAAGGAUCGCAUCUCGCUCUGGGUGGCGACAGAUCACAACAUCGACAAUACAACAGCCCUCCUGAGAGACUGGCUCAUAAAGGUGCAGAGUGACUACCAUUAUGUGGAGUGGAGGCCUGACGAGGGACACAGCGCUUUUGAAGAUGAGUCGGGGCCGAAGCACUGGAAUUAUCUGCGCUAUGAACAUGUUAUGAAGCUCCGACAGGCAGCUCUGGACACGGCCCGCGAGAUUUGGGCUGAUUAUCUCCUGGUGGUUGACUGUGACAACCUGCUCACCAACCCAGAUGUGCUGUGGAAACUCAUGAGAGAAAAUAAAACCAUCGCAGCACCAAUGUUGGAGUCCAGAGCGGCCUACUCCAACUUCUGGUGUGGAAUGACAUCUCAGGGUUACUACAAAAGGACACCAGCAUACAUGCCCAUUCGAAAGCAGGAGCGACGAGGUUGCUUUGCCGUGCCCAUGGUGCACUCCACAUAUCUGCUAGAUCUACGAAAAGAAGCCUCUCGACAACUGGCUUUCUACCCUCCCCACACAGAGUACAGCUGGGCCAUGGAUGACGUUAUAGUGUUUGCUUACUCAGCUCGAAUGGCAGAUAUCCAGAUGUACGUGUGCAACAGGGAAACCUAUGGCUUCUUCCCAGUGCCAAUGCGUGCCCAUGCUACGCUCCAGGAUGAGGCAGACAGCUUCCUGCACACACAGCUGGAGAUCAUGGUGAAGGGCCCUCCACUAGAGCCGUCUAGUGUCCUGUCAGUUCCUCCAAAGCAGCCUAAUAAGAUGGGGUUUGAUGAGGUGUUUGUUAUAAAUCUGGUGAGAAGAUUGGAUCGCCGCGAGCGGAUGCUGAGAAGCCUCUACGAUCAGGAGCUCAGCUGUAAGGUGACGGAGGCUGUGGAUGGGAAAGCCCUGAACACCACCGAUAUCGACGCUAUGGGGAUUAAGAUGCUUCCUGGUUACAAAGACCCUUAUCAUGGCCGAGCACUCACCAAAGGUGAACUGGGAUGUUUCCUUUCUCAUUUCAACAUCUGGAAGGAGAUAGUGGAGCGGGGUUUGCAAACGUCGCUAGUUCUGGAGGACGACCUCCGUUUCGAGGUUUUCUUCAAACGCCGUCUUCAGGCGCUGCUGCAGGAAGUGACAGCGCACAAGUUGGACUGGGAUCUCAUUUACAUUGGCCGUAAGCGGAUGCAGAUUGACCAUCCAGAGAGGUCCGUUCCAAAUAUAUACAACCUGGUGGAGGCUGACUAUUCCUAUUGGACUCUGGGAUACAUGCUGUCACUGCAAGGAGCCCAGAAACUCCUCCGGGCCGAACCUCUGACCAAAAUGCUUCCAGUUGAUGAGUUUCUCCCAGUCAUGUACAACAAACAUCCAGUAUCUGAGUACAUGGAGCACUUUGAACCUCGGGACCUGCGUGCAUACUCAGCGGAGCCCCUUCUGGUGUAUCCAACACACUACACCGGUGAUGAGGGCUACAUCAGCGACACAGAGACCUCAGUGGUCUGGGACAACGAGGCGGUGAAAACAGACUGGGACAGAGCCAGGUCCAGGAAGACCCAGGAGCAAGAGGAGCUCAGCUUUGAGGCUCAAAACUCUGACGUGCUGCAGUCUGAGCUAGAGAAGUGGAGCAAACGUGACGAACUGUGA